GCCGAAUCAUUUCCAGUCACAUAGUUCGUAGCCCAGCAGCCGGCGAGCUACAAUCCGAAUCCUUGGCAACUUUCGACAUCAGGAGAAAUGGCAGCUUAUUUUAUUCUGAGCGCGCUCUUGCUCGCCAGUCCGGCGGUGUGGGGCAAGCCCUCAUUUGGACGGGAGCACGUCCACAUUCGCAUCCACCUUCCCGAGAGCGGUGGAGAUCAUGGUGAUCAUCACGGAGGCGGAGGUGGCGGCGGAGGCUAUGAGAUUCACUCACAUGACGGUGGCCAUGGAGGCGGUGGCGGCGGAGGAGGCUAUGAGAUACACUCCCAUGACGGUGGCCAUGGAGGUGGUGGCGGCGGAGGUGGCUAUGAAAUUCACUCCCAUGACGGUGGCCAUGGAGGCGGUGGUGGUGGAGGCGGAGGACACGUCAGUACCUAUGCCAUAAUCACCGAGAACCACGGUGGAUCAGGUGGCUACAGCUCUGGUGGACAUGGCUCCGGAGGCUACAGUGCUGGUGGCUACAGCGCCGGCGGACAUGGCUCUGGCGGACAUGGUUCUAGCGGACACGAUGAUGCUCAGAUUGCGGCUAUUGCAGCUGCAGCUGGCUCUUCCUCCCACGGAUCUUCGGGUGGCGGCGGAUACAGCUCUGGUGGACACACUUCCGGAGGCUACAGCUCCGGUGGCUACAGCUCUGGCGGACACGACUCUGGCCAUGCCAUCGCCAACAUUGCGGCGAUUGCAGCUAGCGCUGACUCCUCCUCUCACGGUUCUUCGGGUUCUGGCGGCUACAGCAGCGGAGGCUACGGCUCGGGAGGCUAUAGCUCAGGCGGAGGAGGAGGAGGAGGCUACAGCUCUGGCGGACACGAUGAUGCCCAGAUUGCGGUGAUUGCAUCCAGCGCGGGCUCUGGCUCGGGCGGAUACAGCAGCGGAGGCUACAGCUCCGGUGGCUAUAGCUCAGGAGGUGGAGGUGGAGGAGGCUACAGCUCUGGAGGACACGGCUACAGCUCUGGCGGAGGAAGCAGCUACGAUAGCCAGGUGGUGACUGCUGCUGUCGCAUCCAGCGGAGGAUACAGCGGUGGCUCCCAUGGCGGCGCAUCCUCCGGCGGCGGAGACGGUUACAAUUACUCGCCCCCAGCUGGUGGCUGGUCGGGAUCUGGCUCCAACUGGUCGUAGGCUCUGCUGCCCCGCAUUGGCCAUCCGGUCAUCUAGUCUAUUGCUCAUUCCCACAAGUUCACCCAAUUCCAUUGGACUUUUAACUUAUAUACUCUCGUCAGGCUCGUUCGCUCAUCCACAUUCCACAUGUCCACAUCGAAAGGAGGCAAACUGCUCGCUCCCCCGGCUCCUUCUGCCGGUCCACAACGUUGCCGAUGUACAAAAUAAAUCAUGUUAGUGUAAUAAUUUAAA